AUGGUGAGCGCCAGCACUAGCCGGAGCGGCUCGGGUCGCGUCGCUCGGCAGGGCGGCGGCGGCGCCCUGCCCGGGAGCCCGCGGGUGUCCGCGGCGGCGGCGGCGGCGCAGCGCAGGUGGUGGGGGGCCUCGGGCCCGUCGCUGGAGCGAGUCGCCCUCGCCUUCUGCGUCGCCUCCGUGGCGCUCGCGCUCUCCUGCGCGCUCUACCUCUACGUCCUCCGCUACCUGGGGCGGGGGCAGGCCGUCGCCGGGUUCGUCGGGGAGGACCUCGGGGCGUGCGACGUGUUCGACGGCAACUGGGUCCCCGACGCGACCUACCCGCUCUACAACAGCUCCGAGUGCCCGUUCGCGGAGAAGGGGUUCAACUGCCUGGCCAACGGCAGGGAGGACACCGGCUACCUCAAAUGGCGGUGGAGGCCGCGCCGCUGCGACGUGCCGAGGUUCACCGCCGGCGCCGCGCUCGAGCGGCUCAGGGGGAAGCGUGUCGUCUUCGUCGGGGACUCCAUGAGCCGCACGCAGUGGGAGUCCUUCAUCUGCAUGCUCAUGCCCGGGGUGGAGGAUCCCAAGACCGUCUACGAGGUGAACGGGAACGAGAUCAGCAAGACCAUACGGUUCCUCGGGGUGCGGUUCGCGUCAUUCGACCUCACUGUGGAAUUCUUCCGGUCCGUGUUCCUUGUCGAGCAGCGCCCUGCGCCCAGGCAUGCGCCCAAGAGGGUCAAAUCGACCCUGAGGCUGGACAAGAUGGAUAAUAUCAGUCGGAAAUGGGUGAACGCCGAUGUUCUGAUUUUCAACACCGGGCACUGGUGGACUCCCACCAAAUUGUUUAAUACGGGUUGCUAUUUUCAGGCUGGACGUGCUCUCAAACUAGGUACAACCAUUGAUGCUGCUUUCAGGAUGGCACUGCAGACUUGGGCUUCUUGGGUGGAAAAAAGAGUUGAUCUAAACCGAACGCAUGUGUUCUUCCGCACAUAUGAGCCAUCUCAUUGGAGUGACUUGAACCAAACAAUAUGUGAAGUAACAGAAAAGCCUUCACCUGAGGCCAAAGGAAACGACAAGAGUGAACUUGGGGAUAUACUUGGUGAUGUUGUGGCGAGAAUGAAUGUUCCUAUUACUGUUCUAAAUGUAACUUUGAUGGGAGCCUUCAGAACAGAUGCUCAUGUUGGCGCUUGGAGUUAUCCUCCCACUAUACUUGAUUGCAGUCACUGGUGUCUCCCUGGAGUUCCAGAUGCUUGGAAUGAACUAGUAUUUUCAUACCUUUUUACAAAUGGUUGGCGAAAGAUGGCAGGGUGA